GGGCGGAGCGGCGCGGGUACUUAGGGGCGGGCGCGCGGGGGAGGCUCGUGCUGGGCUCCGGGGUCGGCGGCUGCAGGCCCAGGCUGUCGGCGUCGCGAUCGGUGGAUAUAGGAUCCAGAUUCCAGCAUGUGGUGGCCGCUGGCCUCUCUCUGCUGCCUGCUGGCACUGACCAGUGUCCAGAGCAAGCCUUCCUUCCACCCACUGUCAGAUGAACUGAUUAACUACAUCAACAAACAGAACACCACGUGGCAGGCAGGACGCAACUUCUACAAUGUGGACAUGAGCUACCUGAAGAAGCUGUGUGGCACUAUCCUAGGUGGACCUAAGCUGCCUGAGAGGGUUCAGUUCGCUGAGGACAUUAAGCUGCCCGAAAGCUUUGAUGCACGGGAACAGUGGCCCAACUGUCCGACCAUCAAGGAGAUCCGGGACCAAGGUUCUUGUGGCUCCUGCUGGGCAUUUGGGGCUGUGGAAGCCAUUUCUGACCGCAUCUGCAUCCACACCAACAGCCACGUCAGUGUGGAAGUGUCUGCAGAGGACAUGCUGACCUGCUGUGGUGGCCAGUGUGGGGACGGCUGUAAUGGUGGCUAUCCCUCUGGAGCCUGGAACUUCUGGACCAAAAAAGGCCUGGUGUCUGGCGGACUCUACAACUCCCACAUAGGCUGCAGGCCGUACUCCAUCCCUCCCUGUGAGCACCACGUGAACGGCAGCCGGCCCCAGUGCACGGGGGAGGGCGACACUCCCAGGUGCAGCAAGAGCUGUGAGCCCGGCUACUCCCCGUCCUACAAAGAAGACAAGCACUACGGGUACAGUUCCUACAGCGUGCCUAGCAACGAGAAGGAGAUCAUGGCGGAGCUCUACAAAAACGGCCCGGUGGAAGGUGCCUUCACUGUGUUUUCGGACUUCCUGACAUACAAGUCAGGAGUGUACAAGCACGAGGCUGGAGACAUGAUGGGCGGCCAUGCCAUCCGCAUCCUGGGCUGGGGAGUUGAGAAUAACACCCCCUACUGGCUGGUGGCCAACUCCUGGAACACUGACUGGGGUGACAACGGCUUCUUUAAAAUCCUCAGAGGAGAGGACCACUGUGGAAUCGAAUCAGAAAUCGUGGCUGGAAUCCCACGCACGGAUCAGUACUGGGGAAGGGUCUAAUCUGCCAUAGCCUGUCUAGCCAAUCCUGGAGGAGAUUUUCCCUAAAUGUAGCUGGGAGUGAGGCAGGGCAGGAAAAUCUUGGAUUCUUCUAAGUUCAUAAGAUGCAAGACAUUUUUGAUGGGACUUGAAUGACCUCCAGGCCAAACUCAAGACCUGACAUCAGAGCCAUCUUCCGCAGAAACUGUCCUUUUCCUGGCUCGCUCCUGGCCUGUUCCAUGGACGGUGGCCACAGUGCAACCAGAUCCUCCCCUAGAAUAGAGCUGUUCCUAGCGCUGCUGCUCCGGCUCUGGCUGUCGCCCCUCCUGCAUCUCCAGAACAAGACCGACCCAAGGACUUUGGCUGCAGGUUGUCCAGAGGAAUAGAACAUGGAGUUCCUGACAGGGACAGGUGCCCACCGUCAGCAGCGCCUCACCCAAGUAGCUUUGUAGGUGUGUGACGGGCUCCAACCAAGAACGGGUGCAGCCUGUAGAGAAAACCACCUCCUCCCAGGGCUGGGUGCCUGUGUCCGUUGCCCCUGGUAAUGUUGCAAGCCCUCCCUAGUCUUGUUCUUGGUUAAUUUGUUUUUAAUAGUUUUAUUUUUAUUUCUUUGUGCACCUCAACUGAUCAGACAAACAAAUGAGCCCAAUAGCUGGAAGAGCUGUGUUCGUUUUGCAGACUGUCUCCCAAUGGUAUGGCUCAAAGCAAACUGGGCGGUCCUGGUUUGCUGGCUGACCUAUUGACUGACCUCAACCACUACAGUGAAGCUAGUUGAGGAGAAACCAGCUUUUACUGUUCCUGCUUCACCCUAACAAUCUAACAAGGAAUGACUGCGCCAAUAAAAUGUUUCUCCUCCA